UGAGUAAUAAAUGACAGAAUUUUCAUUUUUGGGUGAACUAACGUUAACCCUUUAACCUGACUAAUAUCUACUAGAGACAUAAAUCCAGCAGCACACACUAUACCAUAUUUCCCAUUCAGUACGAUCACAGACUAAAGGGACUUUGUUAAAAUGCAGUAUAUGUAUGGGGCUCUUGCGCCAUCUCGUGGUUGAAAGAAGUCUCAGACUGAAGAACUCCAAUGACUUUGGUCUCCAUACAGCAGACAACCAUUCCCUAACCAAUGAUCUGCUGCUUGCUGCUGCUGUUUGACUGUGACAUAGGGCUGAGAAGAGCACUUCAGUCUCCUGACAAACUGGGAUGGAAUAUGACAGUUUAUAGAAACACGUGUGGAUUCACAGAGACAUGAAACACGGAGCCCCUGGGAGAGGGACUGUCUUGUGUGAACCAAACUCCAUCUGACCACUUCCUUACAGAUGACCAGUGAUGGCCACGGCAUCAGACUCAGCGGAUGACGCAGUGGAUCCAGUCGUGUCUAAACACACUUCGAGGAUAACACUGUCUAUUGUCCUGGUGACCAUCAUUAUACUGACUGCGCUUGGUAAUUUGCUUGUGAUGGUGGCUCUUUGUAAAGACAGGCAGCUAAGAAAGAAGAAGACCAACUUCUUCAUCGUAUCCCUGGCAUUUGCAGACCUUCUAGUUGCCCUUGUUGUGAUGCCCCUGGCAGCCAUAGAGUUGACCACAGGUCAAUGGAGUUAUGGAGAGACGUUCUGUUUGAUCCGUACCUCACUAGACGUACUUCUAACCACAGCAUCUAUUCUGCAUCUGUGCUGCAUUGCACUAGACAGGUACUAUGCGAUCUGCUGUCAGCCUCUGGUCUACAAUAACAAGAUGACACCUGUGAGAGUCUCAUUGAUGCUGGUUGGAUGUUGGGUCAUCCCCUUUUUCAUCUCCUUCCUUCCCAUCAUGCAAAGCUGGAAUACCAUUGGAAUUGAGAGCUUUAUCGAACAAAGAAAAUUCAACUCUUCCCGUAAUUCAACUUGUGUGUUCAUGGUGAACCGACCCUAUGCCCUGGUGUGUUCGGCCGUGGCUUUCUAUGUGCCUCUGGUGCUGAUGGUUCUUGCUUAUCAGCGAAUCUACGUCACCGCUAUGAGUCAUGCUCGGCGAAUCGGCUCGCUGCAUCGGGCCGGCUCGGCCCCUUCUUCAACUUACCCUAACCAUGACCAACAUGGCUCCAGUCGCAUUAGGAAUGAAACCAAGGCGGCCAAGACGCUGGCUGUCAUCAUGGGCUGCUUCUGUCUAUGCUGGGCACCCUUCUUCAUCACCAACGUGGUGGAUCCCUUCAUUAAUUACAGUGUGCCCUGGCAGAUGUGGACUGCUUGGCUCUGGUUGGGUUACAUCAACUCGGGCUUGAAUCCGUUCCUCUAUGCUUUCCUGAACCGGGCUUUUCGAAGAGCCUUCCUUAUGAUCCUGUGCUGUGGGGAUGAUCACUAUGCCCGGCAGGAGGGCUUUAGUCCGAGCAGACGGCACUCAGAGUCUGUCAAUGGAACCUCCAUUUCUCUCAGAUUGUCAUUUCUUCAAAACCGAAGAUACAGCGACAAUUCCAACCGAUUUCUGUCGAGUGAGCUGGAAUCACAGGAGUCUGUUGGUGCAUCAUAGCCAAGAUUUCAGAAGCCUACAUACAGAUAACUGUCUACAUAGGAAAUAUAUGCCGAAUCAAGAGAUUUCAUUGCAGUUUGAUUUUUGAUGGGUUUUCACCUUCAGUGAUAAAUCACAAAGAUUAUUUAUAGGCCUAUUUCACACCGAACUUCUACAGUGUGUGAGGAAGAUGUUAGCAUGCAGGCAUUUUAUCAGACGAAAGCAAACAAAUAAUAUGCCCAGGAAUGAUCAAGGAAAUGGUUAAAGACUGAAAGAAAACUGCUCUAUAAAGAUAUUUCUUCAUCACCUUGAACAUUUUUCAAUCUAUAUGGGGUUGUCAACUUACUGCUUUUCAUUUCAAGCUAUAUGGGGUUGUCAAUUUACUGCUUCUCAUUUAUGUAGUUCUCAUCUUUCAAAUUAGGAGGAGCACGUCUGCUUUGGCUGUAAAGGCUAACAAUGACAAACAUAUACAGUUGAAAGCGGCCUGUCAUUUAAGCAUGUGGUUAUUCUUGCAUACAGUGAACCUAAAAUGCUCAUUUUCAGACUAAGGAGUUGAUACUCCCUCUUUAUUCAACAAGGUAUUUAUGUUGUACAUGUACAGUUUUGACUUCUGUGAAAAGAAGCAGUGGCUUGUCACUGUGUGACAUUUGUACUUUUAUUGUAUCACUGUGUAAUCGAACUGAAUUUAAUGUACAGUGUAUCUGGACGAUGAAUCUAAAAACUUGUCAAAGUUUCAUAAAACUGCAUAAAAACGA